AUGGGCCCUUUAAGGAAAUCAAAACGAGCCAGAACGAAGUCUCCCAGCGAGAAUGAUCCGGCUGGCAGUUCAGGUCAAACGCCACUCGAGGAAAGCUCCCCGACCACGGUGAAGCCUUCGAAUCCUAUAGUCGAGACUUCAAGCGACAUUCCGGGUACAAAAGAUGAAGUCCCGACCCGUUUGAAGGGCGUCAAGCCCGAGUCGAGCUCUUUUAAACCUCUUAAAACGAGGGCAAGUUGGUACGGCACUUGGCCUAGGAAAUCGAUGGCCUCCACUCAAGUAGCAAGGGAAUCGAUCCUUGCAGACAAGCCGACGAACUCAUCAACCGUGGAUUUAAGUCGAUUUGAGCCCAAGAAAUCCCCGCCCACGAGACCUUCUAUCUCAACUACCAGGCCACCUUCAAUGUAUCUUGGGAAGAGCAAGGAGACUUUAGAAAUCACCAUGGGAGGAACUAUGGACGUUGAUGGACCAACAGACAAGAAUGAAAGGAAAUCCGACCCUUCUUCCCUGACGGGAGAAGUAUCUACGGCCGAAGAGGCACCAGCAAAGGCCCUAAAAGCUCAAGAGAAGUCUUCUGAAAUUCAAAUCCCACCACAGGCUGGUAAAGAUCCUCCGAGACCUGCAACAUCGUCAGGUUGGCUGGGAGGUUGGCUUAGCAGACCUACAGGAGAGGUGCCGACUGUCCCUGAUAAAGCGCCUGAGAUCGCCCCAAGCGUCGAAAUUGGGGAUAUGCCAACAGUCGAAGAACAGGUCACUGAGCCUGUAGUAGCUGCUCAGGAAGAAGAUGCUUCAAAGCCAACUAUACCGCCCGCGGCAUCAGGCUCCUGGUUUGGCUUAUGGUCAACUGCAGCACCCUCAGUUGCGACGGAAGCUCCGAAACAAGAGAUUCCCGUCAAAGUCCCGGAAGAUGACCAAGAAACUGCUAUGGCCGAUGCCCCGACUCCUACGACUUCUAAGCCAGUCCCGGGUGCCCCGGCUGCUGGCUCAAGUUGGGCGUUCUGGUCCACUGAACCAUCCAAGAAGACAGUUACAAUGCCGAAUAAACCCGAAGCUUCUGGCGAAGUUGCAGUCGCUGGAGAUGCUUCUCAACACAAACCACAACCGGCGAAAACGGCGACUGUUAAAGAAAGUAAGAAAUGGCAGUCGAGUAAAAGAGGACGACCACAGUCGACCGAGAACGAUGCUGCGGUGAAAGUAAACCAGGCCGCGGCAUCGAUAGCCAAAAAUCCCUCAAGCCCUGCACCAUCAAAAGCAAAGACUUCGCCCCCGAACCUGCUUAUACCUUCGGUGAGAAGCACUUAUAGACUUGUAGAGAAUCCCUCGAUACUACAACAAAUCUCCCGGCUACUAUUGCGCGGUCAGCAGAAACCUGUGAAGCACGUUUUUCUCACAAAGGAGCCACCUAAGAUCAAAAAAGCGCUUGCAAUCGGCAUUCACGGUCUAUUCCCCGCCCCUCUCCUUAGAACAGUAAUUGGUCAGCCAACAGGUACAUCUAUUCGAUUUGCCAAUCAUGGAGCGGAAGCAAUCAGGAGAUGGACAGAUCAGAACGGGUCUGUUGAUUGCGAAAUCGAGAAAGUAGCACUCGAGGGCGAGGGCAAGAUUGCCGAACGGGUUGAUAACUUGUGGAAGCUUUUGCUCAACUGGAUUGAACAUGUCAGGAAGGCCGACUUCGUGCUAGUUUCUUGCCAUUCGCAGGGAGUUCCUGUGGCGCUGAUGCUAGUAGCUAAACUGAUAGAGUUUGGCGUCGUGACAACGGGGAAGAUUGGAGUUUGUGCAAUGGCCGGAGUGUCGCUGGGUCCCUUUUCGGACUACAAGUCUAGGCUUUUCAGUGGUUCAGCCGGCGAGUUGUUCGAAUUUGCAAACCCCCACAGUACCGUGUCUAAACGAUAUGAGGACUCUCUCAAGGUGGCUGUGAAGUAUGGGUCCUCCAUAUUCUCUACAGUCAGCCAUCCUUACAUUUUCAGAGCAGUUUUUGUCGAUGGCCGGAUACAUGCUCCUGACUUCCUCUCACAUCUCGUCGGAUUUGCACUGAAGCUACGCAACCUUGGUGUAUCCGACCAUGGGCUCAUCAGAGAACUUUCAGCGCCUCUCGCAGGUAGUCUGUAUACCGGCGAGGGCCAUUCACGACUUUAUGACGAUGGAAAUGUUUACGACCUUGCGGUCGAGUACGCCCUGGAGACAACUUCGGUAGGCGAUGUCCCACUGGAUAUCAAGAAGUACGAGAUCCCAACCAACGCAAAUCCAUAUAUGUUGCCAUGGAUAAUGCGGGGUCUUCUAGAAGAAGACUUUGUAAAGACGGAGCUCGAUCAUGAGACAACAGAGCUAUUGAAACAGUUUGAUGAUUGGAAGCCUGCGACCAAGGUCCUUAAGGACGUCAAGUACAGACUUGAGGCUGUCAGGUCCAAGCUAUGA